AUGGUUAAUUUGAGUCCAGAGAAAAACAGGGACAUUCCGAUGGCGUGUACUUCGUCACCGCUGAUGGGCCCUAAUUCGGAGACAACGAGGAAUCUGGUCAGUCAGUUGGUUGAUUCGUGUUAUACAAAAGACACGGUCGCUUCUGACUUGCACUCCAAGAUGGGCCUUCGGGAUCGUGAAGGUCGUAAAUUCUUGGACAGCCCUAACAAAUCAACAGGAUUAAAGAAUGAAUCUUUCAGGGACUUUCGCAAGAGUUUCGGGAAUGCAGGAUUGUGA